AUGCAUUCCCCAUCCUCAAGCCCAGGACGGCCUAUCGACAUCACGACCUGGCUGUUGCAGAUCCCCGAUGACAUCUGCCCCGAACACAUUCACCAAGCCCAUCUCCAUCACACCACCAAGAAAUCCCUACACAACAGGAAACGCCUCUCACCUCUCGUCUCUCCCCCACCCUCUGGCAGGACCCGCUCCUUCUCCCCUGACGUCGACGGGGCCUUGCGCGCCAACAUGGCUGACAUAUCCUCAACGCCCUCUGGGAAACGCCAAAAGCGGCAUCACCACAACGCCCCGGGCAGUCCAACCGACGAACCAUUGUCAGCAGCGGACCCCGACGCCACGCCCACACAGGGCAGACGAACACUCGAUACCCAUAAGCCCUCUCUCGGCACCCGCACAUCUACUGCCAGUGACCACGACUCACGGUCCGAUGUUUCCGGCCAAUCAUCCCCUACCAAGAGGCUUGCAGCCGUGAGCCUCGCCGAUACGCCCCUCGAAUCAAGGGAGUUUGCCACAGGUGUCGACACACCUCCUGCCGGCCCGGCCUUGGAUAUGUUUGAUAAGAUGGAAUACUUGGCAAACAACACAGCAGGAUUGCUACCAUGGGCAAUGCGUGCUUCCUUCCACGAGUACGCUAAAAAUGGCAGAGUCCCUCGCAUAGACGAUUCUGCCUUUGACGCUUCUGGCCAGAGGGACCGGCUGGGUCCUACGCCGUCCGUCGAUGACGUCCGUGAUAUUCUCCAGGAAGCAUUGCGAUGUCAGGGGCUGGUGCACACGGAGCACGGGUGGAACUGCAGCGUUCACUUCCCCCUGCUCAAGCUGGCACUUCAUGGCGCCGGUGGCCGCAAGAAGCAGCUCGUUGACUUGGACUUGUGCACGCACGCAAAGCCCCUCCCCGCCUACCGAUCCCCAUACACAUCCCGGCCAACGCACAUGGUUGACUUUUGCAUCAACCUCUGCCCCCGCCAAGCCGGUCCUGAGUAUGCCUACGCCGUUCGAGCAAUCGACCUGAUGCGGACCAAGCUCCCCUACAACUCCAUCAACCACACUGGCCACAACCCGCUCCUGCGAGAUCCCAUCUCCGUCAGCAUUGAGACUAAGCGUCCGGCCGAGGGCGAACAGAAACAGGCAUUGCAGGUUGGUGUGUGGCAGGCCGCUCAGUGGCAGCAUCUGGAGGAGCUCGUUCGGAUGCGUCUUCUCGAGGCUGGCGAGCCGCUCUGCACUCAGGAACGUUGCUACGAGGUCCUUGAUCAGCUUGCCUUUCUUCCCGCCAUUUUUGUGCGUGGUCAUGAAUGGUCUUUUGCGGCGACCAUGAGAGAGGGUCAGAAAACGAUUCUUUGGCGUGAGGUUCCCAUGGGAACAACCAGAAAUGUCCUCGGCAUCUAUCGAAUCGUUUACGCCAUCCAGCUUCUUGCGGAAUACUCUAGGAACCAUUUCUGGCCGUGGUAUCUUCGGGCCGUACUGGGCAUCUCGACAAACGGCGAUGCCUACGAGGCCAGCAAUUUGAACACAACAGGUAGUAGAUAG